AUGAAUGAUUAUGAAUCUUAAUUAAAAUAAUUGAUUAUAAAUCACUUUAUAAGGAUAAAGCAAUAGAUAAUUUAUCAAUAAAAAAAUAAAUCCAAAAAAAUUAAAUUAAGAGUCUUAUUAUUUAAAAAAAAGAGCAAAUAACGAAAAAGUUAUUUCGAAAAGAGAAUAAUAAUUCUACGAUAAUACUAAUAACCAAGUAAGAGUAAAUUAUAAAUGGGACGUAAGAGAAGAGCUAUGAAGGCUAAAUUGGAUUAAUUUUUGGAAUACAUUCAUUCUUCGGAGGAAAAGAUGACCUAGGAGUAAUAUCUUUAACUCGUAAGAGAAAAGGUGAAGUAAUUUUCAAAAAAAGAUCUUAAGUAGAUUCAAACAAAUUACAUUCUGGAAAAGAUCUGUGAAGUAUGUAAUGACUAUCAUCACGAUGAAUAACUACUCCUCUGCGAUUACUGUGAUGAUGCUUAUCAUUCUUUUUGCCUCAACCCACCUCUUAAGGAAAUUCCUGAUGAAGAAGAAGAUUGGUUUUGUCCAGUCUGCGUUGAAUAAAAAUAUUAAAUGGAAAAAGAGAAAAGAAGCAGUGGAGGAAGGAGAUCUAAUUCAAAAGUACAAAAACUGCUCGAGUAGUUUAAUUUUAAAAAUUAAAGAGAUGUUGCUUAAAAGAUACAGAUUUGUGGAAAAUGUGAUGAUAUGAUUCUCUACAUGGAGAACGAAGGUGUGAUUGAAGAAAGCGAGAAAUGUAUCAAAUGUAAUAAAAUGUAUCACAAAGAGUGCUUCAGUAAAAAGAAAGAAUCUAUUUUAUGCAAUUCCUGUCAAACGCUUAUCAAAAAAUAAAUCCCUACUGAUUAGAAACUUAUCGAGGAUUACUUCAUUAGAGGAUAGCAAGAAUCUUUGGGUAAUAAACCCUACGAAUAGGAUGAUAAGAAGUCAGAUAAAAAAAAUAAAGCUACUCAGGAUUCUAAGAAGAUGAUUAAUGAAAAUAAAAAGGAGAAGCAGGAUGAUGAAAGUGAUGAUGAGAUACUUGAUGUUGAUGCUCUUAAAGAAAUGGAAAAUAUGAGAUAAACUCGUGGAAGAAGAGCUAAAUUGUUGUAAGAAAAAGAAUAAAAAGAAUAAAAGUAAAGUUAAAAAACAGAUAAAUCUACUAAAGUUGAAUAACAAACUCGCAUCACUAGAUAAAGAACUCAAGAAAAAAUAGAUAAAUUAAAUGAUUAAUAUAUUAACGACUCAAAUAAAACAGUUAACUCUGUUUUGGCUAAAAAAAGAAAGAAAAAUGAUUCUACUGAAUUUAUAAGUAAUAAAACUUAAAUUAACGAUGACUCUUUGACUCAACCACUGGCUAUUAACUAAAAAUCUAGCAGCAGCAGUAGUUAUUAUAAUGACGACUGCGAGUCUAAUAUGUCUACAACUUAUUCAUCAACAAGCAAUGAAACAUAAGCUAAAAACACUACUGCACCUAUAAAUUCAAAAGGAGGAGUUAAAUUCCUACUUCCAGUUCCAAGCUCUAAUCCAAUUGUUAAUUUAGAAUGCAAGCAAUCUUUAAUCUAUGCUUUGAAAGCUAAAAACAUCUAAUUCUGCGACGAUUUGUGCUACACUUAACAAUGCCCUAAAUAAAGCAAUAAUGCUAAUUUAGAACCAAAUUUGUAAGUAAUUGAUCUUGCAAAUAGCAUUAUAUUCUAAAAAUUCAAAGAAAUGAGCAGAUAGGGGAUUUAUGCUCCUGUUGUAGUAGAAGAAGAUAAGAUACAAGGAUUUAUAGUAAGAGCUAUGGAUGAUAUAAAGGCAAAGACUUUAAUUUGCGAAUAUGUUGGUGAGGUCGAUUAUGCUAGAAACCACAUCUUCAACAAAAACGACUCUAUUAUGGAUCUUUUGAGAACAGCUAGAUCAAAAACAUCAUUAGUAAUUGUUCCUGAUAAAAAAGGUAACCUUGCUAGAUUCUUAUCAGGAAUUAAUAAUACUUCUAAAAAAUCUAUGGCUAAACAGAAUGUCCACAGUGUUAGAUUCAACAUUAAUGGAGAAUCAAGAGUAAUUUUAUAUGCCAAAAGAAACAUAAAAAAAGGAGAACUUCUAUAUUAUGACUACAAUGCAGGAGGAUUUGGAGAGUAUCCAACAUAAAAUUUUGUAUGA